GCGGGGAAAAUGGCGGACGGGAAGGCGGGAGAGGAGAAGCCUGAGAAACCGCAGCGAGCUGGAGCCGCCGGAGGACCUGAAGAAGAAGCAGAAAAACCUGUGAAAACUAAGACUGUUUCUUCCAGUAAUGGAGGGGAAAGUUCCAGUCGCAGCGCUGAGAAGCGAUCAGCUGAAGAAGAAGCUGCAGACCUCCCAACAAAGCCUACAAAGAUCUCCAAGUUUGGAUUUGCCAUAGGUAGUCAGACGACAAAGAAAGCCUCAGCCAUAUCCAUCAAACUUGGAUCAAGUAAGCCUAAAGAAACUGUUCCAACACUUGCUCCAAAAACCCUUUCAGUAGCAGCAGCUUUUAAUGAAGAUGAAGAUAGUGAGCCAGAGGAAAUGCCUCCAGAAGCAAAGAUGAGGAUGAAGAAUAUUGGAAGGGAUACACCAACAUCAGCAGGACCAAACUCCUUCAAUAAAGGAAAGCAUGGUUUUUCUGAUAACCAGAAGCUAUGGGAGCGAAAUAUAAAAUCUCAUCUUGGAAAUGUCCAUGACCAAGACAAUUAAAUGAUGUGUUUUGAAAUUGGGGUGUGGGGUGGGUGUAAAGUUAAAAGGAACAGUUUCCUUUUUUAAAGAAUGGUAUAAGACUAUCUUUGGAGCCGCCUUUUUUUUUUUUUUUUUUUUAAGAUUGAGUGGUACACUAAUGAGAGUUUGAAAUUAGAGGUAAUUUAUGUUUUAUAUACAGAUUUCAAGACAUUUGCUAAUUUUGUAGUUUCAUGUGAUUAGUUUCCAAAGGUUACAGAUAAUAAAAAAUCAGAAAUGGUACCUU